AUGAUGAAGGUCGCUCACGUCGGCUUGAUCGCCCCUCUGGUGUGUCUGGCCUUUGGGAAUGAAAACGGGUACGGGUAUGGGUAUGGGUGGAAAGAGCCCUCUCCUUCACUCUCGUACGCCAACGUGACCAGCCUUCUCGAUACCAUCAUCACUCGCGGAUAUCUUCGCGUGGGCACGACAGGCGACUACAAGCCAUUCAGCUACAAGGUCGCUGACGCCACCGCCCUCCCCAAUGGCACCUCCUUCAAUACGACCUACAUUGGCGGCGACAUCGACAUGGCCCAAGCCCUCUCCAACGCCCUAUCCCUCCCAUCCCCACCCGUCUUCGUCCCCUCGGUCUGGGCGAACCUGACCAAAGACGUGGCGGCUGAUCAAUUCGACAUUGCCAUGGGCGGCGUCAGCAUCACUCUCCCUCGCGCCAAGACCGCGUUCUUCUCCACUUCGAUGCAACGCGUGGGCAAGACGGGAUGUAUCCGCUGUGCCGAUAAGGAGAAAUACACUGAUUUCGAGUCGCUGGAUGUUUCUGGUGUGAAGAUCGCUGCCAACCCGGGCGGUACGAAUGAGGCUUUUGACAGAGCAAAUUUUCAGAAUGCGGAGAUUGUUAUAGUGGAGGAUAAUAAUGCUGUAUAUCAAGCCGUGAUAGAUGGAACAGCAGACGCCAUGGUGAGCGAUAAGAUUGAAGUGGAGUUGCAGGUGAAUUUGCGCAAUGGGAGUUUGUGCAUGGUCAAUGAGGAGCCGUGGACGUUUGAGGAGUUGGGAUAUUUGUUGCCCCGGGAUCAGGCGUGGAAGAACUUUGUUGAUUUGUGGGUGAGGAAUCAAGUUGAGGGUGGAGCGUGGAAUGAGACUUUGGGAAAGUGGAUGGCGUAUAAGUGGCCGGCUGUCUGA